AUGGCGAAGAAGGCCAAGACACGCAUUAUCAACGUGCGCCUUCUCUCCAUGGCCAUGACCGGCUACUUCUAUACCUUCACACGACCCCGGACAGCGUUACCCAUGAGCAUGAUCAAAUAUGAUCCAAUCAUCCGGAGGCGAGUGCUCUUCCUCGAGCAAAAACGAAAGGGCAACAAAUAA